GAUUUUCACCCCCUUUUUCAUCGGAAAAAUCAUCGUUUACAACGUUUCUUUAUCACUUUGGCCACUACUCGCUCUACCAGCUAUCAAACAAAGGGGUUCAGCGACCAGCAUAUCAGAGCAUUAGCACCAUGAAAGGCAGAGAGGAUGUCACUUUCCCGACUUUGGACGGUCUUAUUUUGCGAGGAUGGCUCUACCCGGCAGCCAAGAAAGGCCCAGCCAUCAUCAUGACGCCCGGUUUCAACAUGACCAAGGAAACAAUUAUUAAUGACGUUGCCGAAUACUAUUUCGCUGCCGGCUUCACAGUCCUAAGCUACGACCCCCGGUCAAUUGGUGCAAGCGACGGUCUGCCGCGGAACGAAGCCAACCCAAUCAAGAAUAUGGAGGACUACAUGGACGCCUUAACCUUCCUGAAAUCGCACAAGGUGGUGGACCCUAAUAGAAUUGCCUAUUGGGGUUAUUCAUUCAGUGGAAUGGUAGCGCUAUGUGCAGCUGCACUCGAUAAACGGGCUAAGGCCGUUAUCGCCUCAGCGCCACUAACGAUCUGGGAGUUUAAGAAGUGGAAACCAGUGCUGUCUAAAUGCAUGAAAGACCGAGAGUCUCGCUUGGCGGGCAACAAACCAGUGAAUCUGCCCAUGUUGACGGAUACCGGGGAGCAGCCUGCAGGAUUUGGCGAGAACUUCGAGGGCGAGGGCGUGCUCAACAUCAUCGCUCGUGCUGUAGAGUUGCAGCCUAACUUCAAACCUGAAACGGCGCUCAGCAGCUACUACCAUAUCGCUGCUUUUCAGCCAUUUUCGCUUCUUCCGUUCGUGACACCGACGCCAGCCUUUGUCGUGUAUGGCGAGCAGGAUCAGAUUUCGCCAGCGCAUCUCCAGAAGACAUUGAUUUAUGAUGCACUUUCGCAUCCAAAGCAGCUGUUUACAGUACCAGACAAGGCGCACAUGAAUCUUGUAAGCGGGCAAGGCUCGGAGCGGAUACUGGAUGAGCAGAUUAAGUUCCUCAAGAGUGUUUGGACCAAAGGCUAAUAGACAAGCUUCUUGUUUUGUAUUGCUAUAGGGUAGUGAAGGGUU